CCUUCCUGUAAGUCUCCACCCUUUGAAAACUCUGCUAUAUAUUGACAGCAGAAAUUAACCCCAAAACAUGCACAUCUCAGCUCUAAAGCAACAUCCUGCAAGGAGCAUCUUUUUUGGGGGGUGUCUUCUUGAAAAUCAAGCCGUGUCUUUAAUUCCCCGAGGCUCCUCUCUGUCCAGCAUCAUCAGCAGCAGCAGCAACAUGACUCCUGGGUCUCUCCUCCUGUGCGUCCUGCUCCUUCUUUCCGUUUCCCAAUCUGCGCGCUGCGUCCCCGUCUGCAACAACCAGUGCUGCCGCUUCGUGGAGGAAUUCCCCGUCAGGGCGAAGAAGCUGAGGCAGGACUAUAAACAGAUCAGAGAUUUCUAUGAAGCAAACGAUGACUUGGAUGAAGCCUUGUUAGACCAGAGCGUGGAGGAUUCCUUGAACCCAGCGAGCCCAUUUGCCUGCCAGGCCAUGAACAGCAUCCUGGACUUUUACCUGAGAACGGUUCUGCCGACCGCCGUGGCCGGAGUGACCGAAGAAACCACAGAUUUGAAACCUCACGUGGAGUCCAUACAACAAAUUUUCGAUGAGCUCAAGAGUGAUGUCACCAGAUGUAGGAACUACUUCUCCUGCAAGAAGCAGUUUGACAUCAAAAACCUAAACCAGACGUAUACACAGAUGGAGAAUAAAGGCAUGUUUAAAGCCAUGGGGGAGCUGGAUGUGCUGGUCAACUACAUCGAGAUGUACCUGGCAUCCAAGCGGCUCAGAGAUCAUUAACAGGGAUCUUUAUCACCGUUUCAACCAAAAAAGAGCAUAAAGUGGGGUUGAUUUUUAGAUUUGGGACUCACAUCUAUGGACUCCAACAAUUCCAGAACCAUGAAUGUAAUUAUCCAAUUGCUGAACAUGUCUUUGUUCUGCAAAGACCUUUUUUACUUGUGUUUGUCCCAAGGACAAGAUUUUCUGCUUGAGAACCUAUUCUGUUGUACACAGAAAGAUCGAUUAACUGUAUUUUUUCAGUAUGGAAGUAUUUAUUUAUUUGUACAUGUCUUAAAAUGUAUUUACAUAUUUAUUGUACUUUUAUCUAUGUUGCCAGUAAUAAAAUAAC